UCAGCCUCCGAUGGCGAUCGUACCAUUUACUCGCGGUGUGCAUCCUUAAAAAACAAUUUAAAAUAAUUAAUUAAACUACAGAACUGACUAAGACAAGAACAAAAUGGUUACGAAUGAUAAAGAUAGUGAAAACAAAUUAAGGAAAACUGAAGAAAUCAAGGAGGGUGCCAACUUGAAUGAAAAUGUCGAUUACGAUGAAUUACUAUCGGCUGCCGGAGAGUUUGGCCCAUAUCAAGUGAUUCUGUUUUUUUCAACAUUCCCUUUUUAUAUCUUCGGUGUGUUCUCUUAUUUUUCACAACUUUUUAUGACGGAAGUGUCACCAAAUCAUUGGUGCUGGAUUCCUGAACUAGAAAAUUUAACUGACAUUGAACGAAGGACGCUUGCAAUUCCGUUGGAUGUUGACGCGAGGUUUGGAUAUUCGCAAUGCAAAUCUUAUAUUGCUAACUGGAGUGAGAUAUUAGAGACGGGUCAAACGCCUAAUGCUACUUGGAGUACACAGGCUUGUCAAUAUGGAUGGGAGUUCAAUAGCUCUGAAAUACCAUACCCAACAAUUUCAAGCGAAUUGGGAUGGGUCUGUGACAAAAAUAGCUAUCAAGCAACAGCCCAGUCUAUAUUUUUUACAGGAUCUAUAGUUGGCGGUAUUGUAGUUGGUUGGGUUGCAGAUCGGUUUGGUAGAUUACCGGCGGCAACUUUAAGCAAUAUGAUUGGAUGUGUGGCGGGAAUUCUUAGUAUAUUUGCCCAAAAUUUUAUUCAGUUUUCUUUAUGCCGAUUUAUUAUGGGUAUGUCAUAUGAUAACUGUAUGAUGAUGACGUAUCUUCUAGUUCUAGAAUAUGUUGCACCACGAUACCGCUCCAUUAUUACUAAUUUACCUUUCGCGAUAUUUUAUACAUUAGGUGCUACAGCACUUCCCUGGAUAGCACUAGCAUGCGGACAUUGGAAAACAAUUAGUUUAGCGACAUCUAUUCCGAUGGCGAUAACUAUUUUAGCACCAUUUGUAAUGCCUGAAAGCCCCAGGUGGCUUAUUUCUAAAGGACGUUUUAAUGACGCUGUAGACAAAGUGUUAACAAUUGCACGAGUCAAUAAAAAAGAAAUACCAUCAAAACUGAUUGAACAGUUUAAAAAAUCUUCUUUAAAUGCAAAGAAAGAGGAAAGUACUAGCAUUCUGGUACUUCUUAAAAGGCCUAAAUUAAGAAAAAUGUUUAUUUGUAUUUGUUUAGAGUUUAUGUGCUGUCUAGCGAUAUUUGACGCUUUAAUUAGAAGUAUUGGUGGUCUAGGGUUUGAUUUCUUUUUAUCAUUCACAUUAGUAUCAUUUACGGAACUUCCUUCAUUAGUUAUAGUAUCUUUUGCUAUAGAUAUAACUGGUAGAAAAGGUAUGACGAUUAUUGCAUUUAUAAUUUGUUUUAUAUUUUGUUUAGCAACCGCUUUUAUAAGCAACGGCUUACCUUCAGUAUUAUGUGCUGUUGUAUCCAGAUUUGCCAUAAAUAUGUGUGCCAAUAUAGGCAUGCAAUGGGCUGCCGAAAUGUUGCCAACACCAGUGAGAGGAUCUGGUUCAUCCAUCGUUCACAUAUUCAGUUAUAUUGGGAUAGUCAUAUCACCAUAUAUUGUGUACUUGGAUAAUUAUAUUACUUGGCUACCUCUUGUAGUUGUAGCUGUCAUAGCGCUAAUAGGAUUGUUAUUAGCUUUAGCACUGCCAGAAACGGCUGGAAUAGACAUGCCUCAAACGUUUGAUGAAGCAGAAGAACUAUUAAGUAACCAAAAACUAAUUGACAUACCAUUUCUACGAAAAAAAGAAAACAACUCUAGAAAUGAAAAUAUAUCUGUCAGAGAUAAUUAGCGCUAACAUUUGCGAGACCUGUGAUAAAUUUAUUUCCAUCUUCUCAUUUACAAGAUCAGUUUAGGGUUGUUGUGAUUUAAGGCACAGCAUCAAUGUAAUGUAAUGCACAAUAAUGUACAAAAAUUGUUAACCUAUUUCUGCACGAUUUAUUUAAUAAUAAUGUAACGUAGAAGAUUAAUCUUGAAAUGAAGAAAAAUUUAUUAACACAUUUUUUUUUAAUUUAAUUUGUACCUAUAUUCAAUUGCCCAGGCGAAUUUCAUUAUUCUAUAA